GUCCCAAUCCGCUUCUUGUUGUGGGCUUGCGUUUGACAGCGCGGGUUGUGUUUAGUUCGCGGGAAGACGAGCUGUAUUUGUAAUUAUAAGCAAGUGAGUUACAGUGCUUUGAAUAUAUACAGUAUAUAAAAACUAUUAAGAAAACUACUUAAUAAAUUACAGCGAAAUGAGUUUAUGGGUGGAUAAAUACAGACCGACCUCUCUGUCGAAGUUGGAUUUUCACAAGGAUCAGGCCAACAUGUUUAAAAACCUGGUGCAAGGGGGAGACUUUCCCCAUUUGAUGGUGUACGGUCCCUCCGGAGCUGGAAAGAAAACACGGAUUAUGUGCUUGCUGAGAGAGCUGUACGGUGCCGGGGUUGAAAAGCUCCGAAUUGAACAUCAGUCCAUCACAGCUCCUUCAAAAAAGAAAAUUGAGAUCAACACAAUAGCAAGCAACUAUCACCUUGAGGUCAAUCCCAGUGACGCAGGGAACAGUGACCGUGUGGUUGUCCAGGAACUGAUAAAAACAGUGGCACAGUCUCAGCAGAUCCAGACCAGCACCCAAAGAGAAUUCAAAGUGGUGCUCCUGACUGAAGUGGACAGGCUAACAAAGGAUGCCCAGCAUGCUUUGCGAAGGACGAUGGAGAAGUAUAUGGCGACCUGCCGGCUGAUACUGUGCUGCAACUCCACCUCUAAAGUCAUUGCUCCCAUCAGGAGUAGAUGCCUGGCUGUGCGAGUGCCAUUACCGAGCGUGGAAGAGGUAUGCAGUGUUCUGACCAGCGUGUGCAGGAAAGAAGGCCUGAUCCUUCCUGGGGAGCUUGCAAAGCAAAUUGCUGAGAAGUCGGGGCGCAAUCUUCGCAAAGCUCUGCUGAUGUGCGAAGCCUGCAGAGUGCAACAGUAUCCUUUCUCUGUGGACCAGGAAAUUCCUGAGACAGACUGGGAGGUUUAUCUGAGAGAGACAGCCAACGCCAUUGUCAGCUUGCAGAGUCCACAGAGACUGUUUGAAGUCCGGGCAAGACUGUAUGAGCUUCUCACUCACUGCAUUCCUCCAGAAAUCAUCAUCAAGGGCUUGGUCUCGGAGCUCCUGAGCAACUGUGAUGGACAUCUGAAAGCUGACGUUGCACAGAUGGCUGCUUACUAUGAGCACCGGCUGCAGCUUGGAAACAAAGCCAUUUAUCAUCUGGAAGCCUUUGUGGCCAAAUUCAUGGCCAUCUACAAGAAAUUUAUGGAGGAUGGGCUUGAAGGCAUGGUGUUUUGAGAUGUUUAAGUGUAUAAAAUUGUCCUGUUUAUAGUGCAUUUUUCAAAUGUUCAUAUGUACAGUGCUGAACCUGCAUCCUUGAGUGGUGCUUGUGCACGCAAUCUGGCAGAGAAAUGUUUGGCAACAAGAAGUUAAUUCAACGCUGAAAAUAAAAAAUGAAA